AUGGGCGCCUCACGCCAAAUCUACCUUCUUCCACUGAAGGAUGACGGCUCCCCUGAUGUACCGGGCGGGUAUAUCUAUUUGCCACCCCCAAAGCCUGUGGCGCAUGUGCUACGGUUCAUCAUCGAGGGAACCAGCUCGAUCUGCCGACAAGGUAGCCUAUGGGUGAACAUCCCUGAGGAGGGCAAGCCCUUCGAUCGCCAUGCCUUUCGGGAAUUCAGAUUGCAACCCAAUUUCAACCAGAACAUCGAGGUCGACAUUCCCGUCACAUCCGCGGGUGCAUUUGCCUUCUACACGACGUUCUCUCCACUGCCUGAGUUUUCGGUGGCAGCUGUGCCCACUCCAGAACCAACUCGGACACCAACUCAUUACAUUGACGUGUCGCCGAGUCUGACGUUGCGUGGGAAUGAAUUGCCCCUGACAGCGCUUUCCAUUUUCUCGGUCAUUUCCAAGUUCAUGGGACAGUACCCUGCUGAUUGGGACAAGCAUCUCCAUGGAAUUAGUCAACGUCACUACAAUAUGGUUCAUUUUACGCCCUUGAUGCAGCGCGGGUCGUCGAAUUCUCCAUAUAGUAUCUUUGACCAGCUGUCUUUUGACGCUGCCUUGUUUCCUAAUGGAGAAGAGGAUGUUUCGUCUUUGGUUUCAAGGAUGGAGAAAGACUAUGGGCUCUUGACUUUGACUGAUGUUGUCUGGAACCACACAGCCAACAAUAGCAAAUGGUUAGAAGAACACCCGGAAUCGGGUUACAGUGUUGAUACUGCUCCGUGGCUGGAGGCGGCACUCGAUCUAGACACAGCACUAUUGAAAUUCAGUGAUGACCUCCAGAGCCUUGGUCUACCAACCGAGUUCAAAACUGUCGAGGAUCUGGUGACGGUCAUGAACGCACUGCGGAAACAAGUCAUUAAUGGCAUUCGCUUAUGGGAGUUCUACGCUCUUGAUGUCAAAAGAGACACAAAACACAUCCUGGAUGCUUGGACUAACGGAAAGGAUGAUCGUACAAGCAUUGAGCAUGUCGAUUUACAAGACCUGAAGAAAGGAACGCCCAAGCAACAAGCGGCAUUCAUUCGUGAACACGCGAUCCCGACCUCGAAGCAGGUCCUGGGAAGAUUCGAGCGCAGCAUUGAUCCAACAAUAGGCGCAGGCAUUCUGACCGUCCUCUUCGGUGAUUACGAUCAAGCGAGCUCGGAUCUUCCGGGGAUCGAAAGCUGCUUGUCCAAGCUUCUCGACGAAGUCAAUCUGCCUUUCUAUAAAGAAUACGAUGCAGAUGUGGCUGAGAUUAUGGAUCAGCUGUUCAACCGCGUCAAGUAUCUCAGAAUCGAUGACCAUGGUCCCAAGAUGGGCCCCGUCACGAAGGGAAACCCUCUGAUCGAGACCUACUUCACUCGCCUUCCGCUCAAUGAGGUCACCAGAAACCACAAUCCCAAGGCUCUGGCUUUGGUAAACAAUGGCUGGAUCUGGAACGCCGAUGCAAUGCGAGAUAACGCCGGCCCCGAUUCCAGGGCCUACCUUCGCCGUGAAGUCAUCGUAUGGGGUGAUUGCGUGAAGCUUCGAUACGGAAGUUCGCCAAGCGACAGCCCAUUCUUGUGGGAUUUCAUGACCCGCUACACUCGCUUGAUGGCCAAAUACUUUUCUGGAUUCCGAAUCGACAACUGCCAUUCGACACCCCUGGUGGUUGCGGAGUAUCUCCUGGACGCAGCGCGCAAAGUGCGACCCGACUUGACCGUCUUUGCAGAGCUAUUUACGGGCUCCGAGGAAGCCGACUACGUGUUUGUGAAACGUUUAGGCAUCAAUGCUCUGAUUCGUGAGGCCAUGCAAGCCUGGAGUACGGCCGAGUUGAGUCGAUUGGUUCAUCGCCACGGUGGCAGCCCGAUUGGCAGUUUUGAUGUGGAUCUUCCUUCCGCUGGGAGUAGCCAUGCAAUUGCUUCUGCGAAGGAUGGCAAUGCUGAUGGGAAAAUCACUCACAUUCGACCAUGCCCCGUUUCAGCAUUAUUCAUGGAUUGCACUCAUGACAAUGAGGUGCCUGCCCAAAAGCGCGAUGCCAGAGAUACUCUUCCAAAUGCGGCUCUUGUUGCCAUGUGUGACUCUGCAACUGGUAGUGUAAUGGGCUACGACGAGGUGUAUCCCAAGCUUGUCGACCUUGUCCAUGAGACCCGACGAUAUAGCUCCGAGAUAUCUGGAUCCGACGAUUUACACAUCGGCUCCGGCGAGGGAGGGAUUGGGGGUGUUAAGAAGCUGUUAAAUAAGCUUCACACCAUGAUGGGAGUCGAGGGCUACGAUGAAACUCAUAUCCAUCAUGACGGUGAAUUCAUCACCGUCCACCGAGUACACCCGAAGACCCGAAAGGGCAUCUUCCUCAUUGCGCAUACUGCAUUUCCCGGCAACGACAACGGUGGGAUCAUGGAUCCUACUCAUAUUGCUGGCACCCGAGCCAGGCACCUUGGAUCAUGGUUGCUGGAAGUGGAUGCAGACGAUGGGACAAAAGAAAAGGUCUUGUCUGACGAUAAACAUCUGAAAGGUCUUCCCAGCCGCACCCGCAGUCUUGAAAGUAUCAAGAUCGAGGAGAAUGGCAAUGAUGUCACAAUUUCCGUCCUUGAUACCUUUGCACCUGGUUCAAUUGCUCUUUUCGAGACAUCGAUUCCUGGCGCAAAGCACGCUGAUGGACUGGACAACUACAUCAAGAGCGGAGUCGACGAGGCAUUUUCCGAGCUCAGUCUGAUUGAUUUGAAUUUCGUGCUCUACAGAUGUGAGGCCGAGGAGAGAGAUUUCAGCGACGGCAAUGAUGGUGUGUACAGCAUUCCAAACCAUGGUCCUCUCAUCUAUGCCGGGCUUCAAGGCUGGUGGAGUGUUCUUGAAGACAUCAUCAAGUACAACCAGCUUGGUCAUCCACUAUGUGAUCACUUGCGGCAGGGCCAGUGGGCUCUGGACUACAUAAUUGGGCGCAUGGAGACUGUGGCCACCAAGGAAGGAUACGUCGCCCUGCACAAGCCUGCGGCAUGGCUACGUGACAAGUUCAAUGCUGUUCGCGGUCUGCCCAGCUUUCUGCUCCCCAGGUACUUUGCAAUCAUUAUUCAGGUCGCUUACAAUGCUGCGUGGAAAAGAGGCAUCCACCAGUUCGGUGACCUUGUGCGACACGGGCAGGAGUUCAUCCAUCAACUAGCUAUGGUCAGCGUACAGCAAACCGGCUUUGUCAACUCGGCUUCCUUGUGGCCUACCAAACAAGUUCCUAGUCUCGCAGCCGGCUUGCCGCAUUUUGCGGUUGACUGGGCCCGAUGCUGGGGUCGAGAUAUUUUUAUCUCUAUUCGUGGCCUUUUCCUCUGUACAGGGCGGUUUGACGAUGCUAAGAAGCAUAUAAUUGCUUUUGCAAGCGUACUCAAACACGGUAUGAUUCCGAAUCUUCUCAGCAGUGGCAAACUGCCCCGAUACAACUCCCGCGACUCCGUCUGGUUCUUCCUGCAAGCAAUCCAAGAUUUUACCGAGAUGGCCCCGAACGGUAUUUCUCUGCUGCAAGAGAAAGUGCCUAGACGGUUCUUGCCCUACGACGACACUUGGUUCCCAUUCGAUGACCCUCGUGCUUACUCCAAGUCUCCCACGGUUUUGGAGGUCAUUCAGGAGGUGUUUCAGAGACAUGCACGUGGCAUGUCGUUCCGAGAAUACAACGCCGGAUCGAAUCUGGAUGUUCAAAUGAAACCUGAGGGCUUCCAGAUUGAUGUGAAUGUCGACUGGAAUACGGGUUUCAUUUUCGGUGGCAGCCAGAAUAACUGUGGCACCUGGCAAGACAAAAUGGGUGAGAGUGAAAAGGCUGGUAAUAAAGGUGUUCCUGGGACUCCACGCGACGGUGCCGCUAUCGAGAUCACGGGCCUUCUCUACAGUGCCUUGACAUGGGUCACACGCCUGCAUGAGUCCCAAGUCUAUCCCUACGAGGGCGUCGAGACUGGAGACGGCAAAACAGUCACAUUUGCCGAAUGGGCCCGAAGGAUCAAAGAGAGCUUUGAAAGAUGCUACUAUGUCCCUAGCGACUCCAGCGAGGACAGCCAUUACGACGUGGACUCCAAGAUCAUCAACCGCCGGGGCAUCUACAAGGAUGUGUACAAGUCAGGCAAGCCCUUUGAGGACUACCAACUGCGUGGCAAUUUCCCCAUUGCCAUGUCGGUAGCACCUGAGCUUUUCGACCCCGUCAAAGCGCUCACUACCCUCUCGAUUGCCGAUGCAGCCAUCCUCGGUCCCGUGGGCGUGGCGACCCUCGACCCAUCUGAUCUCAACUAUCGCCCGUACUACAAUAACUCCGAGGACUCGGCCGACUUCGCCACCUCCAAGGGCCGCAAUUACCAUCAGGGUCCGGAAUGGGUCUGGCAACGCGGCUAUUUCCUUCGCGCCUUGCUGCACUUUGAUCUCUCUCGCCGAAAGACGGCCGAGGAGCGAACCGAGUCUUUCCAGCAGGUGACCCGGCGACUGUAUGGAUGCAAAAAGGCGUUGCGGGAAAGCCCCUGGAAGGGCCUGACGGAGUUGACCAACAAAGCUGGCGAACAUUGUGCUGACUCGUCCCCUACCCAGAGCUGGUCCGCGGGCUGUCUCCUCGAUCUCUACUACGAUGCUUCAAAAAUCGCCUAG